ACCCCCAACCCAACUGCCACAGAACACCCCGUCCCUGCCUCUGUGACCUCCUCCCCGCCAACUGCCACAGAACCGGUCUCCCCGCUAACUGCUUCAGAACCUUCCCCCUGGGUCUGUGCCCCCCCAACUCCCACAGAACCUUCCUCCCACCGAUUGCUUCAGAACCUCCCCCUGCCUCUGUGACCCCCUCCUCAUCCCAGCUGCCAUGGAACUUUCCCCCAUUGCUGUGACCUCCCAAAUGCCAUGGAACCUUUGCCCAGUCCCCACUUCUGUGAUCCACCUCUUCCUCCCCACUGCCCUCCUUGUUGCUACAAAACCUUUCCUUGCCGGCAGCCCCCCAUCACCCACCUGAGCAGGAGGAAAAAUGAAGGAGCAGACUCGCCCCCAGCAGUGUCACCACCCUUUGAGAUCCAUGUGGAGAACGUCCUUCAUGUCACAUGUUUUCCGUGAGCCCUAAGACCACAGCUGUCUGCAGUGUCAUCUGAGAUCUUGAGAGCCACACACAGUUAUGGGAGAUUCUCCAGCCGACACCACUGAUGAAGGUGCAGACACAUGCUGCAAAGACACUCAGACUGACCUGGCAGAGAGAGUAGCAGCCAUAGAUGUUGCUGUUGGGCCUAAUAUAGAUGACCAAAAUGUUCAAGAAGCAAUAGAAGAGAAUGACACAGUCUUUUCUGACAGUGUAGCAGAGAUGCAGAGGAAUGGGAUCCGUAGUGACAUGGUAACAAAUGAAUCUUUACCUUCACAAGACCCAGAGGAUGAUCAUCAGAUGAAUGUUCCAAAGAAAGCUCCCACUAGGCCUGUUCUAUCCAGCAGAAAGUUGUCUCUUCAAGAAAGACCUACAGGAAGCUACCUGGCUUCUACCAAUGCUCCAGGCUAUGGUCCUUAUGCAACAGGACCUUUAACACAUAUCUCGCCACGUAUAGUGAGGAGACCAACGAUAGAGUCCAACCGGAUCGCCAUCUCAGAUUCUGAGGACUGUGUGCAAUUAAACCAAUACAAGCUGCAAAGUGAAAUUGGCAAGGGCUCCUAUGGUGUUGUGAAACUGGCCUACAAUGAGAGUGACGACAAGUAUUACGCUAUGAAAGUCCUCUCCAAAAAGAAGCUACUGAAACAGUAUGGAUUUCCACGUCGACCUCCCCCUAGAGGAUCCAAAGCAACUUCUGGUGGACAGCUGAAACCAAUGGCACCACUGGAUAGAGUUUAUCAAGAAAUAGCCAUCUUAAAGAAACUGGACCAUAUCAACAUUGUGAAACUGAUUGAGGUACUGGAUGAUUCUGCAGAGGACAAUCUGUACAUGGUGUUUGACCUUCUGCGCAAGGGACCUGUCAUGGAGGUGCCAACUGAUCAGCCAUUCACUGAAGAGCAGGCUCGGCUCUACUUUAAGGACAUUGUCUUGGGCAUAGAGUACUUGCACUAUCAGAAGAUCAUUCACCGGGACGUCAAGCCUUCCAACCUGCUCUUGGGAGAUGAUGGGCAUGUCAAAAUAGCUGAUUUUGGAGUCAGUAAUCAGUUUGAAGGGAAUGAUGCCCAGCUUUCCAGUACUGCCGGGACACCAGCCUUCAUGGCUCCAGAGGCGAUUUCAGAUUCUGGCAAAAGCUUCAGUGGAAAGGCACUUGAUGUAUGGGCCAUGGGAAUUACUUUGUAUUGCUUUGUAUAUGGGAAGUGCCCUUUUAUAGAUGAAUACAUUCUGUCUCUCCAUAACAAGAUCAAGAACAAGGCGGUGGAGUUCCCAGAAGAGCCACAGAUAAGUGAAGAGCUCAAAGAACUGAUUGCAAGGAUGCUGGAUAAAAAUCCAGAAACGAGGAUAACGGUUCCUGAGAUUAAGUUGCAUCCCUGGCUAACAAAGUUUGGGGAGGAUCCACUGCCUCUGGAGGAAGAGCAUUGCACUGUGGUGGAGGUGACUGAGGAGGAGGUGAAGAAUUCCGUCAAGACAAUCCCAAGCUUGCCAGCUGUAAUUUUAGUGAAAGCCAUGCUAAGGAAACGCUCAUUCGGAAACCCAUUUGAGGUUCAGGCCAGAAGGGAAGAGAGGUCCAUGUCUGCUCCAGGAAACCUAUUAAUGGACAGGUUCCUCUUAAGCUCAUCUGUAUAUUUGCAUCCAUCUUUAAGAAAGCAAGGGAGCAGAGAAGGAAUAAAGGACCCUGAUCUCCCUGACGUCUGUGAAGAUGAGGCUACUUCAUGAAGCCACGUGCAUGUCCUGGAUUGGUUAUUUACUGCUGUUGUAACCAUUGUGUUGAGUCACACACAUUCUGCUCUCAUGAACCAAAGUUUGUGACCUGAAAAACUGAAAUUGAAAAGAGGAAACAAGCAACAACAACUAACAGUGCGAGUUCUUUGGAAAUGGUUUACUCAUGGAAUGCUAUGUUGUAUUACUCAUUGGCUUCAUUCAACAUGUAAGAUGUUUCUCUGUAUUUGAAAUGUGCCUCAUUCUCCAUUUGUGCUUCAGCCUACGUUGUGUGGUCAUUAUAGUCUGGCAUCUUGACCAA